GACUGACGGUGGCGCAUGCGCAGUAGAAGGCGGACCGCGAGCUGCGUGUGUUUGUGCCUAGGUGCUUGUGGUUCGGGGCCUUGUUCUGGCACCCGGGGCGCCGGGUUGGCGGCUUUGGCACUCGUGGCGUUGGGUGGGCGGCAUCUUGGGGGUCACAUGAGCCAGUGGCAUCAUGCCCGUGGGCGCUGGGGUCAGGAUCGCGGCUUCUCCGGACGUUCAUCGUCCAAGAGGAAGGGCGGAAGGCACAUCCCGGAAAGAGUUUUGAAAAGAAUCUUGCUCCAGAAGAAUGUUUUUCCCCCUUGGAUCUUUUUUAACAAACUCCAAGAACAGAAUGAAGAACUUGGGCUGAUUAUUGACUUAACAUAUACUCGCCGCUAUUAUAAGCCAGAGGACUUACCAGAAACUCUUCGUUAUUUAAGAAUUUGUACAAUUGGGCAUCAGGUGCCAGAUGAUGACACUAUUUUUAAAUUCCAAUGUGCUGUUAAUGGGUUUUUGAAAGAAAAUAAAGAUAAUGGACUUUUAUUUUAUUUAUUUUUUUUAUCUUACGCGUGCCUCUCACGUUGCGGGGCACAGGCUCCGGACGUGCAGGCUCAGCGGCCAUGGCUCACGGGCCCAGCCGCUCCGCGGCAUAUGGGAUCUUCCCGGACCGGGACAUGAACUCGUGUCUCCUGCAUCGGCAGGUGAACUCUCAACCACUGCGCCACCAGGGAAACCCUGUGCCACAUCUUCUUUAUCCAUUCAUCUGUUGAUGGACACUUAGGUUGCUUCCAUGUCCUGGCUAUUGUAAAUACAGCUGCAAUGAACAUUUUGGUACAUGACUCUUUUUGAAUUAUGGUUUUCUCAGGGUAUAUGCCCAGUAGUGGGAUUGCGGCGUCGUAUGGUAGUUCUAUUUGUAGUUUUGUAAGGAACCUCCAUACUGUUCUCCAUAGGGGCUGUAUCAGUUUACAUUCCCACCAACAGUGCAAAAGUGUUCCGUUUUCUCCACACCCUCUUCAGCAUUUAGUGUUUCUAGAUUUUUUGAUGAUGGCCAUUCUGACUGGUUUGAGAGGAUAUCUCAUUGUAAUUUUGAUUUGCAUUUAUCUAAUGAUUAAUGAUGUUGAGCAUUCUUUCAUAUGUUUGUUGC